AUGAAUAACCUAUUAUGUUCCGCUCUGUUGAUUUCAGUUGUAUUGAUUCUUACAGACGCUGUGAUUAUUCCGGAUUGUAAAAAUGGUGGAACGUUGGUGGAAGAAAAUGGAAAAUUUAAAUGUAACUGUCCACUAAACACAUUCGGUGACGAUUGCAAUUGUCGAUACAAGUAUUCAAAUGUAAAAUCUUUGACGCCCCGUGCCUACGCAGAAAGAACUGUGUCUGAUUCAGCGAAAUGUGAUGAAAACUGUGCUAACGAUACCAAAUGUUCCACUUCUACCACUUGGCUUGGAACAUGUCUUCGUUACAAAACACCAAUCAUCUUCGUGUCGUUGGAUGGAAAAGAAGACCAAUGUAUUGAAAAGUGCAACGAGAUGAGUGAAUGUAAAACGAUUUGCACUCAAAACCAUACUAGGAAUUUUUCCUGUUAUUUAUUUAACGUUACCUUGGACAAGAUUCCAGAUAAUAUGAAACGACCUUACAAAGCCAAUUAUAAAAUCAGAAUCAGAACAGAAGAAAACCCAGCAUCAGGAGCCUUGAUUCCAAUUUCUAAAUAA